ACUACUUCAUACUCUCACUCUCUAGCUGGAACGGGAGACGCGCGCAAAUAUUUACAGAGUAUUUAGCCCUAAUCGUCAAGAAUCUGAAGUAAAUAAAGAAAUUUUAAUCGUCAAUGAUCCUUAAGAGAUUCUGAAGAAUCUGAUUUCUAAUUAGCACAUCAAGAAUCUUCCUUUUAUUCACACUUUGCUGUCAACGCAUAACGCCCGCCCAACCCAUACUGGAGGUAGGCGAAUUUCUUCUCCUUUUCACAUCUAAUUAUUGUUAUGAAAUUCCUAUCUUUCGAAUCAUAAAAACGAUUUAUAGGAGUAGCGAAUAGUUCUUGUUACAGAGCAAUUACGCAGAGAUGACUAGCGUUGUUAUUGACGAAUUACCAGGAACUCCAACCAGGCUUAAGGGGAAACCGAUAGGAACGACAGUAUGCUUCUUUCUUGGGCUUGGUUCUCUUGUGGCUUGGAAUAGCAUGCUCACCAUAGGAGAUUACUAUUAUCAGUUAUUUCCUAAUUAUCAUCCAUCAAGGGUGCUUACCCUGGUUUAUCAACCUUUUGCAAUUGGAACAAUGGCAAUACUUGCAUAUAAAGAUGAAAAGAUCAAUACUAGGAUCAGAAAUUUAGCAGGGUAUACCCUGUUCAGUCUGGCCACCUUUUCACUCCUAAUGUUGGAUUUAGGCACAUCUGGGAAGGGUGGGAUUGGAAAUUUCAUGGGAAUUUGUGUUCUUGUUGCAUUCUUUGGAGUUGCUGAUGCCCUUGUUCAGGGUGGACUUGUUGGAGACCUCUCUCUCAUGUGCCCUGAAUUCCUCCAGUCAUACUUAGCUGGUUUAGCUGCUUCGGGAGCGCUUACUUCUGUCCUGAGGUUGGUGACGAAAGCUGCUUUCGAAGGCUCCAACAAUGGUCUCCGGAAAGGAGUUAUUCUGUUUCUGGCAAUCUCCACAUUCUUUGAAUUCAUAUGCAUCAUUCUCUAUGGACUUGUCUUCCCAAAAUUACCUAUUGUGAAGUACUAUCGCUCAAAGGCAGCUUCUGAGGGAUUAAAAACUGUUGCUGCUGAUUUAGCUGCAGCGGGAAUUCAAACAAAUGCAGCUGAUGGUACCAAACAAGUGCAGAGGCUGAGCAACAAGGAGUUGUUCUUGAAAAACAUUGAUUAUGGACUAGACCUCUACCUCAUAUACGUUCUGACAUUAUCCAUUUUCCCUGGAUUUUUAUAUGAGAAUACUGGAACACACAAGCUUGGAUCAUGGUAUCCUCUUGUUCUGAUAGCUAUGUAUAACGUGUGGGACCUGAUAUCAAGAUACACUCCAAUGAUCAAGAAAAUUGCAUUAAAAUCCCGAAAGGGACUAAUGAUAUCAAUAUUGUCACGUUUCUUGCUGAUCCCGUGUUUCUAUUUCACUGCUAAGUAUGGUGAUCAGGGAUGGAUGAUAGCGCUUGUAUCUUUCCUAGGAUUAACUAACGGUCAUCUCACAGUCUGUGUCCUCACUACUGCUCCUAAAGGUUACAAGGGACCAGAGGCAAAUGCAUUGGGGAAUAUUCUUGUUCUGUGCCUUCUUGCUGGCAUAUUUUCUGGGGUGGCUCUUGAUUGGUUGUGGCUAAUUGGCAAAGGCCAUUUCUGAGGAAAGAGCAUUUCUUUCUUAAGUUAUAUCUUAACAGCAAGGGGAAAUUUUGUUUUCCCAUUAGAUAUUUAGAUUCAAUAAUGGUUAUACACUAUCAGUGUAUUUUAUGCUUCAAGUUUUUUGUAUUUUGUGAAUAGAGUUCAAUAUUCAAAUUUAUAGGGUUUACCAUUUUAUGCUGUCAGUCAAUUAAUUCUGUAUUACUUAUUGUAAAUAGCAUUUUAUACUUUCUAUUGUAGAAACAAU